AACUUACGCACGAGGAUAUUUGCUGUUAAAGAUUCAAUUUCCUAUCAGAAUAGAUCGGGCAGAUGUCGAAAUAAGGGUUUGACAGAUUGGCGCACCUAUAAAGGCCUUUCUUCGAUGAUCAAAGAUUCAGUUAACAGCGAGUGUCACGAGCAUCACUUAGCUUGUGAAUUUCCGUCCAGUUUUAAAGUUUCGAAUUGAUAGACGGUGUGAAAGCAAAGAAAAAAAAUGAGCGAACAUCGCCGUUCGACAAAAGAAACCGCCCUGCUUCUCCUAUUUCUUGCUGCAACUGUGUUCAGCAUUGAUGGCCUGUGUUGGAACUGCUUGCCAAAUAACUUGUCCGUGGAAGAGAUCGACAAGAUUUUCGCAGAGGAUUUUAAGGAGCGCUUAAUGGAGAAGCUUGGUCUCACGAAUGAGCCAGUUGUGCCUGAGAAUGUUACACGCCCACCGCAAGAGGUAGUGGAUGAAAUACUCUCCGAGCAGGAUAACGUUGUUCAUAAAAAAGAUAAAGAGAUGUUGCAGACAAUUGUCAUUCAACCGCUCAACAACGAUUCCGUGGUGUCGAACACGACCUCCUAUUUCGAAUACGCAACUGACAUAGAUAGGUGGAACCGCAUUGAUCAUGUCACGUUGUGGAUGCACGUCGAGGCAAACACGGGUGUUUACAGAGUGUACGAAAAAAUAUCCACUUCACCACGACGUAUGGUAAUUGUGGACGAACACGAAAGCGAUGUUUCCCAAUGGAAAAAACUGAAUUUCGUACCCAACAGACAGUGGUUGGAGAAACCAUGGGGUAGGAAAAUACGUAUCGAAAUUGAAGGGAUUGAAACACCGAUCGCGCACAAGCCACUUCUCCAGUUAAAAGUGAAGCCAGUGAUAAAACGCCAUAGAAAACGCUCAGUCGUCAGCACAACGGUGAACCCAUCGGUGAAGGCGACCGUCACGGACGACUGCAUUCCGAAGAACUUGGGCCUUUGCUGUAGGCAUACUAGAAAUAUUGAUAUGUCGAGUUAUUACCCAUGGAUCGUCGUGCCCAAUCCAUUCCGAUCAUUCACAUGUUCGGGAACUUGUACUCUCAGACACAGAACCAACAACACGUGGACUCUCCUAACGCAAAUCACGAACGUGCGACAACCGUGUUGCGUACCAACUAGCUUUGACACAGCGACUCUUUUGAUCUAUGACGGCACAAGCACAACGUAUAAAACCAAGAUUAUAAACGAUCUGCUAGUCACAAACUGCGGUUGUACUUGAACAAGGACCUCAAAGAUUGAGCGACGGUACCGGCGUCGUUAAACCGCAUAGGAACGCGCACGUUGUAUUUCAGUUUUGUUAUGGAUACGGGUUAGAACAGUCUGGUUUAGUUAAUUUGAUAAGAUAUAAUUGGGCUUAGACAAGGUAGUGUGGAUUAUAUCGUAAAACAACCGUAUAAAAGACACUGCAUGGUUGUCAUUGGGGUUUUUUGGGUCGAUUUCAUUCUCGUAUGGAAAAUUGUUUAAUUGUUGCAAUAACACUAUAUUUCGUGUUUCGUGCAUGGUUUUCCUGUUCUGCCUAAGCCGACUUUUUUUCUGCGAAAUGAUAUCAGGUUUUAACAUCUUAAUAUAGUGCAUUACCGUUACGUUUACCGUGGAAACGGGCUAUUUUUUGACCGCAUGCAUAAUCCAUGCUGGCUAGUUGUAGUUGUUUGAACAUUUUCUAAUAUAUAUCGUCAACGCGUCAACUCGCGUGGAGUGGCAUUUUGUUAAUAGGGGUGUUGGUGAUUAACUCGGUACUUUAAAGGUUUUCUCACUUUACCAACUCUUAGUACGUAUAGUUUUAUUAGCCAAAAUGCAUAUGACUGUAGAUAGCUAUUACAUGUUCAUUCGGUAAAACCGAUGAACUAUUUGAAAGGAAUAUAUAAAAAGGCAUCACAAAUUAAUGUUGUCAGGCAUAUUGCAUGUUUGCUUUUAAAUAACGUUCAUGUAUACGCUAAACAAAACGUCAUUCUAUUCGCUCAAGAUCACGUCUUUUGUACGAAUCUCAGCAAGGAGCUCGCGUGUAACUAAAUUGACGUGGUGUUGAGAGAAUAGAUUUUAUUUCGUUGAUAGAUUCAGUGUAGUAUAUAAUAAUGACUUAGGAGCAUAUAUAUAUAUAUAUACAUAUAUUGUAUAUUACCUCUUCAAUAUUUUUAUGCGAU